GCAGACAUAUAUUAAUUGUGUUUUCUUCAACCUGUGAAUUUUUACCUGUCGGAAAACUUUUGGAUUUUCUCAGGCAUGCCGAGAUGAGGUCUGCAAGUCGGUUUUAAUCUGAGAUGAGGACCAUCGCUUUUCUUUCUUUCGUCUAUUUUCUGACAGCCUUUGUUAUUGGACAAACUGUAGUGCAUGACAGAGACUUCUGGUACGGGGAGGCAAGAGAAGCACUGCUGAGAAGACUGCCAGAGGGUAGAAGACCUCACGCUAGGAACGUAGUGCUCAUGGUGGGAGAUGGGAUGGGGGUAGCUACCCUAACAGCCGCUAGACUCUUCCGUGGACAACGUCAGGGAGAGUUGGGGGAAGACACGGAGCUCACCUGGGACAGAUUCCCGGCUGUAGCCUUGGCAAAGACGUACAACAUGGAUGCCCAGAUCGGCGAGUCGUCUGCGUGUGCGACAGCUUUACUCUGUGGGGUCAAAGCAAACUUUGAGACUGUCGGACUAGAUGCCAGGGGAAAGUUUGAAAACUGCAAAUCCAGCAUCUCUGCCAGAGUUGACUCGCUAAUAGACUGGGCUCAUCGAGAAGGUAUGAUGACUGGUAUAGUGACCAACACCCGGGUCUCACACGCCACCCCAGCAGCACUCUUCGCUCACUCGCCCAGCAGAUACUGGGAGGACGACAGUAAGGUGCCUCCAGCGGCGAGGAAACUCUGUAAGGACAUCACCAGACAACUCGUCGAGGACGAACCGGGGAGGAACAUCAAUGUAAUUCUUGGAGGGGGAAGAAGACAUUGGCUACCCAAAGUUACCAGAGAUCCCGAACAAACAACUGAUGAAGGACGACGACUAGACGGCCGAAACUUGGUAGAGGACUGGGUUAGAGAUAAGAAGAAGAGAGGAGUUAAAGCUGAAUUUGUGUGGAAUAAACAGCAACUUGACAACACAUCAAGUGAUGUAGAUUUUCUUUUAGGUCUUUUUUCUUACUCACACAUGGAGUUUGAGGCAGACCGAGAUACAGGACCUUCUGGCGACCCUUCACUCACAGAUAUGACCAACAAGGCUCUCAGCGUUCUCGAGAGGAGCCCCAAGGGAUACUUUUUGUUUGUUGAAAGUGGCCGAAUAGAUCAUGCACACCACUACAACAACGCCUACAGAGCUCUGGACGAAACUCUCACAUUAGAAACUGCAUUGGCGGACGUUCUAAACAGAGUAGACUUAGAGGAUACUCUGAUAGUUGUCACUACAGACCAUUCACACGUGUUGACGCUGGGAGGGUUAGCUACCCCCAGGGGUAACCCCAUACUAGGCACGGACACCAAGCCGUCAGAUAUAGACGGACAGCCAUACUCGACCCUCCUGUACGGGAGUGGACCAGGGUAUAGUGUGCCGAGGAAUGUCCCUAGCAACGCCAGUUCAGCAAGUGAGGAGAGGAACUCCGUCCAUGGGGCCGCAGUCCCCCGACAGUGGGGCACCCAUGGAGGUGAGGAUGUGCCGGUCUUUGCGGCUGGACCCUUGGCUAGGGACCUCUUCAGUGGCAUUGUAGACCAAAGCUACAUUCCCCACGCGAUUGCAUUCAUAGCUUGCCUUGGAGAGCAUAGCAAGCGGUGUACGUCAGGGCCCGACAACUACACUGAGCCCAAGAAAGAGAGCUGCACUUCUGCUCACGUAAGCACAGUGUACAACUCAAGACGAAGAGGUGGUAUUGUCCUAGCUAGCAGUGUGAUGAGCGAAGACAACCCUUCUUCUAGGGCCUCGCCCCCCUGGCCUAGUCUUACUUCAACGAAACUUGCAGUUCUUGUACUCUCUUGGUGGAUCUUAAGGUGGCUGGAGUUAUUAUGAACACAGUUGAACAGUCAAUCUCCAACAAUGGAUACUCAUUAGACCUAGAUGUGUGUGUGUGUGUGUGUGUGUGCGUGCGCGCGACUUGUCAGUGUCUAGUGUGUUUGUGCAUUUUGUGUGAAGUCAGAGUUAGUGAGAUUUUGAUAAUUAGCACGAGUUCAGAUUUUAUUAGUUCCAAAAGAAUAAGAAUGCGUGAAAAUUCAAAGAUUGACACUUAAUUGAACACCAAAUUUUAAUUGCAAAUAAUACAAAUAAUGGCUUUAUAAAUAAUAAUAAAGAAAUGGAAUUUCAUCCACGACGACUAACUUUAUCUUAGGUGACGGAAUAUUAUGUUGAUAAGUUUUCAAAUAUUGCACAGGGAAACCAAAUUUGUAAAAAAAUGUUACAAAUUUACAUGUUUCAUUUAUACAUUUUGUCUGGGGUUUAAAGAAAAUCAUGGACACAAUUUAGAUAUUAUUUGUAAA